GUGAGGCUAGAACCCCGAGCGUGGUCGGUUGGAGCAGAUAUGUCUGCCCGGAGGCACAUUGGGAAUCCUGAGUACCUGACCAGGCGGAUACCACAGAACCCAAGGUAUCAACAUAUCAAGUCAAGACUGGAUACUGGUAACAGUAUGACCAAAUACAUUGAGAAGCUAGAAGAGAUUAAAAAAAAUUACAGAUACAAAAAAGACGAACUUUUCAAGAGACUGAAAGUUACCACCUUUGCCCAGCUGGUCAUUCAAGUUGCUUCCCUGUCAGAUCAAACACUGGAAGUGACAGCUGAGGAGAUUCAAAGGCUUGAAGACAAUGAUUCUACAACUUCAGAGGCUGAUGCUGAAAUUGCUGCCAAGACCAAUGGAAAAGAGAGCCCUGGGGAGCAGUCACCCAGUCCUGUCCAGUUCAUCAACAGCACUGGAGCAGGGGACUCCAGUCGCUCCACUCUCCAGAGCGUCAUCAGUGGCGUUGGGGAACUGGAUGUAGACAAAGGGCUAGUAAAAAAAGAAGAGCCCAGUGGUAAAGACAAGCCUUAUCCGGACUGCCCCUUCCUGCUGCUAGACGUGCGUGACAGAGACUCUUAUCAGCAAUGCCACAUUGUCGGGGCUUACAGUUACCCAAUUGCAACUCUGUCCAGGACAAUGAACCCCUAUUCAAACGACAUACUUGAGUAUAAAAAUGCUCACGGCAAGAUCAUCAUUAUGUACGACGAUGACGAGAGGCUGGCGAGCCAGGCGGCCACCACCAUGUGUGAACGCGGCUUUGAAAACCUCUUCAUGCUCUCUGGGGGUCUGAAAGUCUUAGCUCAGAAAUUCCCAGAAGGACUGGUCACUGGUUCCCUGCCAGCUUCUUGCCAGCAGGCCCUCCCUCUUGGUUCUGCCCGGAAGCGAUCCAGCCCCAAAAUGCCACCCCUGCCAGCUGAGAACAAGUGGAGAUUUACCCCAGAAGACUUAAAAAAGAUAGAAUGUUAUCUGGAAGCGGACCAGGGGCUGACAGGCAAUCACAGCCGAAUGAACCAGAAUAACUCUGCCGGAAGAGACUUGAAGGUGCCUGCUGGCCGCAGUGGCCAGAACCUGCCUACCGGGAGUCCUGCUAGCCACUCAAACCCCCGCACACUCAACAGUGGUCACCUGCAAGGCAAACCCUGGAAAUGAAGACCUUGUGCCGUUUAGUCAAAUAAAUGUCCCCUCCUUUUGGAACCCCCAGCACUCCCAACUUGGUCAUUUCAGAACUGUUAUAGAGAAAAGCCACACUACCUGGGCCAGACCAGGCCCACCUCUUCCUGUCUGCAGCUUCCCCUUCCUUCACUCAGGAAGGAUUUUGACAGAUGACCACAAAAACCAGGGGCUUGACCGGCUCUAGUGCACUCCCCAUUGUUUACAGGAUAUUCAUGUCUUUUGAAAUUGAAUAGGAAAAAAGAAAGAUACUGUCUGUUAACUAAGGCCCAGCCUGUUUGGUCUGUAAGCAGUGUUGUUUUGUAAAUAAUUUAGUCACAUCUGCUGGUGUGUUCUUCCAGGCCAGCGUUUUCAUUCUCUGUUGAUUUCAUGAAAGAUUCUCCAGGUGGGCCUGCCCUUGGCGCCUGUCCCUGGGGUGUGCAGAUGAUUUUUGGUGCCUGCAGCCCACAGGCCCCACACUGGGCCAGGUGGCUGGCUGAGUCAUUUGCUGCAGGCUCUGUGGCCUGCAGGCUCUGUGUGGUGUAGGCUCUGCUGGGAAUUUGAGGCUGAGGGGUCUGUGAGCAAAGUUCCAUCUUACUGGUUUAUCAGAGAGGCUCUGUCAAAAUGAUCCCCUUGUUAAAUGGUUUCUGAGGCCAGGAAAGCUCAGUUGUCCUCACACCAGAAGGAGGCCCGAGUGUACGAGGUCCCAGCAUCCUACAGGGCUGUGCUAAGAGCCCUGGAAGGCCACCACAGCGGUCCCCUCCAUCGUGAGCCUUAUUUCAAUUAAAAUUUCCCAUUGUCUAAUUUGAGUCCAGCUGUGUUAGAUGGAGAGCAAUCAUAGUCACGUGAGAGCAUCAGCUCCUCUCAGACAAGGGGAACACACAGGUGAGGAGGACGCAGGAGUCCUUUGUCAGAGCUGACAACCCCUCAAGGCCUUGCUUAAAAAUACAGUAUUAGUCUAAUUGAGUAAUUAGUGCAAUUUCCUGCUUGCUUUUCAUUCUCACGACUGAGCUGUGAUUAGGAGGCUGUGAUUAUAGAUUCUGGUUCUGGCCGGAAUUUUGAAUUGGCAUUAAUUGAAUUGCUAGCUGACUGACAUCCAUUCUCUUUAAUUGCGGGAACAAAAGACCUCAGGUAAGGAUGAGGCGCAUGGGAAGAAGAGCCCUGUUAAUUUUUAUGGUCUGUGAUCGGAGCUGUGAUAAGGGACUAAGAAAUAAAUUGUGCUCUUUGUCAUGGCAACCAGCUUCUGAAAAGCCAACUGAAAAUUGCCUGUGCUUAGGUGGUUACUGCUGCUGGUAAGAUUUGCCUUAACAGUACUAUUUUCUAACCACUAAAGAAAAAAAAAAGGAAAAAGGAAAAGAGAAAAAGGCCCGCCCACAGUAUUUCUAGCAUGAGGGCUGUGUUUGUAAGAGAAAUAAACGUAAUAAAUAUCUCAUGGAGACAUAUGGAAAAAUAACUCAGUCAACCCAGCUCUGUUUCAGAAUGUGUUUAUUCUUCUCUACUUGAUUUCCAAAGUGCAACGUUUUCCAAUGCUUUAGAAAUCAAACAAACCAGGGAUAUUGUUCAGAUGUCAAGCCGUGCCCAAUUUUCCACAAGAUUCGAGAAUCUUGUACAAAACUCAGCCAACGUACACAUAGCUUUAAUGAGAAGCCUGUCAUGUUUCCCCAUAAAUUUAUUGCCUGAGAACUUAGUUCAGCCUUUUGCUAAUGCCAAAAUGCAUUGGCUUUUUAUUUUCUUUGCAGAAUAGAUAGAAAAAUGCAAUUUUUUCCACAUUCGACUUUCCCCUAGCAUGGACAAGAUUUUCAGUCAUCUUUGACAUUCCUAAGGAAAGUAUUUUCCUCGGCAACAAAGUUCUGGUUUGCCGCUUUAACACGGGCUAGUCAGGAGGGCAGACCUCCUGACCCAAUUCUGAUUUGAAAGUAAAGGGCAGUUUCCUCUCGUUCCCUCCUGCAUUCCCACCAAUGGACGGUAGUGGUGGGAAGUGUGUGGCCGUGCAAAGCUGGCUUAGCUGGCUUAGUCAGCCUCACUGCAUUCGCUGGCAUGGUCCAUGUGCUUCUCCACAGCACUUUGCCCCGUUGGCAGAGAGCGAUCUGAAUCUGCACUCAGUGUUACUCUCCGACGCUGUUGCUUCCUGACAUUCCGCUUUACCAGUUUCUUCAUUAGAUUAUUUGACAUGUAUUAUUUAAAUGAUCACUGAUACUUUGUGCAAUUAUGAAUGUUGAAGAUUAAAGAACGUAGUUACUAAUUUGUCGUUUGCUAUUAAUGUGCUGAAACCUGCCAACUUCUCUCUUCCUCUCUGUCAGAAUGAUUUGGGGGAGCCCCAGGAGACUAGAGUAAUUUGAAAGCGUACCUCUUUUUACUGCAUUUCCCAGCAAGGCGUAUGCUCUUUGCAUCAGUGAAUCUGGAAAUCAUUCCAGUUUAGAGCAAGAGAGCAUAGCUUUCUAGUCAGGAGCCUGUGUUUUUCCUGGAACUCGGGCAGGGACAGAUUGCUACC